CACUGAUUGCACAUCAGCCCUCUCGGAAAAGGGUCCGGCUUUCCCACUUCGCUUGUGCAUGUUAUCCCCUUGAUGGCUCACGAGGAAGAACAGGCCUUGGAAAUCGAGGCGCUGCAAUCCAUUUUUGAAGAAGGAAAGGAGUUUACAAGCAUCUCCAACAAAGAGUUUACCAUCAAGCUAUUGCCAUUUCCAGGUGGUGAGGAGGAGAAUCAUGUCCAAGUGACGCUUCACGUGACGUACACCGAUGCGUAUCCAGAUGAAGCUCCAGCAUGGGCAUUGGAGGAUGUCGGAGGUUUGGGAGAUGAGAAGCUUGAGUUGCUACGUCAGAGAAUAGAGGAAAGCAUUGAAUCCUCACUUGGUAUGGCAAUGAUUUACUCAGUGGCGGAAGCAUGCCAGGACUUUUUGAAAGAAAACAACCAAAAGGAGCUGUCGAUGCAUGAGCAGAUGAUGCUAGGGCAAGCUGAAGAGGAAGGCGACGCUGAGGAGGAAGAUGAAGACGAUGAAGAGGAGGAGGAGCCCGAAUGGAAAGGGUUGCAAGAAAAGAACCUUUGCCCAGAGAGCGAGCGAAUCACGCCUGAUGCUUUCGCAGCAUGGAAGGCAAAGUUUGAUGCAGAGAUGAUCGAGAUGGGCGUGCUCAAGCGGGACGAAAACAGAUCAAGGACUGGGAAGAUGAUUUUCUCACAGAGUCCAGAGGCAGGCAAAGACAACGGCUACAAUGAGUCCAAGUCGGAGCUUCUGGUCUAUGACGCCGCUUUGUUUGGCGAGGAUGACGAUUUGGAGGAAUUGGAUGAUGAUUAGAUUGAGACCAGAAAGGAUGUGAGCUUUCCCAAGCUUUGCUCUUGCUUGGCUGAAAAAAGAGAUCACGCAUCAGCUGCAGUUCUUUUCGCCCAAGAAAAGAGCUGAGGCAUUGGUAAUUUUCCACCGAGUGGGAAGUGUCGAUGGAGAUUCACGUCUAUUCUCAGC